AUGCAAAGGCAUUUCUCAGUCGCAUUAGAUGAUGAUAUUUUUCCCAGAAUUUCAGCAGCUUCUACUGUGGAUGAAGCUUGGGAGAUACUUAAGCAGGAGUAUUUCGGUGAUCAGGAGGUUAUAAAGGUACGGUUACAAACUCUUCUUCGAAGUUUUUCUGAAUUAACUAUGGGAGAGAAAGAAUCUGUGCAAACUUGUUUGUCAAGAGUAACUGAAAUUGUUAGUCAGAUGAAGUCAUAUGCUGAAAGAAUUAGGAAUGAGGAUGUAAGUAAAUUGGAGGAAGUCGUUAUUUUUGUUGUCACAGAUGAUUAUACUCGCAUGAGCUGGGUUUACUUCUUGAAGUGGAAAUCUGAAGCCUUUGAGAAUUUCAAGAAAUUCAAGGCUUUAGUGGAGAACCAAAGUGACAGGCACAUAAAGACAUUAUGCACUGAUCCUGGAGGUGAAUUUUCUUGUGUUAAGUUUACUAAUUUUUGUGAUGAACAUGGCAUACGAAGGGAACUUAUAGCACCAUACAUACCUCAACAAAAUGGCAUGGUAGAGCCCAAAAAUGAAACCGUUGUGGAGAUGGCUAGAAGCAUGCUGAAAGUAAAGAAGUUACUUGAUGAGUUUUGGGACAAGCUGUAG